AUGCCGAACUCGAAAGAGUCUAAAAGAGCUGAAAAAGUAUCAUCCGACCUUUCCGCCAAUCCCUCUUCGGAGGAAGCGAAUGGGGCUAAAGCGGAUGACAGCAAGGGAAAGAAGUCGGAGCCCACAUCCUCGCUAUCCUCAGUCUCUCCUAAUCCCGCUGAGAGGGUUCCUCCUCAAGGCAUUGUUAAUGCGAUCCAUUCUCAAAUAGAGGAUCAUCCUGAGCUUCGAGAUAUGGACGCGAACAAGAUCCAAGAAAUGCUCGGGAAACUGCGGCUUAAAGACAUGCUCAACAGUAGAAGCGGUCUGGGUGGCAAGAGUAGGAAGGAUAUUAGUGAGCAUAAAUUUUGGAAAACGCAGCCUGUACCGCAGCCUGGCGAUGCUAUCUCUGAUGACGGGCCAAUUGAAUUGCCGAAAUCACUAGAGGAGAUCAAACAGGAACCCGAUCCUCUACCUAAGGACUUUGAGUGGUCUAUGUUGGAUAUUUCAGAUGCCGUUCAAUCACGGGAAGUAUACGAACUGCUGUCACAAAACUACGUAGAGGAUACCGAGGCAGCCUUCCGUUUCCAAUACUCUGCCGAAUUCCUUCAAUGGUGUGCAUUCCAGAUUCGUGAUGCGGGUCUUGAAUCCAACCCUGUUUCUAGGGCCCUCAUGCCUCCAGGAUAUCAUAAAGAAUGGCAUGUUGGUGUUAGAGUGCGAUCAUCGAAGAAGUUAGUGGCAUUCAUAUCGGGUGUCCCAAUUACCCUCGUAGUUCGAAACAAGGAGGUGCGCAUGAGCGAGAUCAAUUAUCUUUGUGUUCACAAGAAACUGCGCUCAAAGCGUCUCGCGCCUGUGUUGAUCAAGGAAGUAACCCGGCAGUGCCACCUUAAGGGUAUCUUUCAGGCGAUCUAUACCGCUGGCGUCGUCUUGCCUACCCGGUGUCCACUUGUAGGAUCUGCAUCGUCUAGAUAUUUUCACAGGUCCCUCAACAUCCCGAAACUCGUCGAUACACAUUUUACGACAGUUCCUCGCAACAUGACUGUAGCUCGUAUGAUUGCUCGUAACAAGCUUCCCCCAUCUGAGCUUACAAGCCGGGGACUCCGUGAGAUGCAGAUUAAAGACAUUGGUCAGGUAGCUUCUCUAUGGCAGAAAUACAUGGAGAGGUUCAAGCUGUAUCCUCGUUACCCCAUUGAAGAACUGAGGCAUAAUAUCCUCAGCGGUGCAGGACGUGGCGAACCCGUUGACGGGCGAAGACGGGGACAAGUUGUCUGGAGUUAUGUAGUGGAGGAACCGAGAACUCAUCAGAUCACAGAUUUCUUCUCCUUCUACUCCUUACCCUCUACCGUGAUGCGCAGCUCAAAACACGCGCUUCUCGAGGCUGCAUACCUAUACUACUAUGCCAGUAGUGCAGCUUUUGAAGGGAGUGCGGAUCGAGAUCACCUCCGUCCACGCUUACAGCAACUCAUUGGCGAAGCAUUGAUUAUUGCUCAGAAGGCUGGAUUUGACGUCUUCAAUGCUCUUACUCUCAUGGACAAUGCAUUGUUCCUCGAAGACUUGAAGUUUGGCCCCGGAGAUGGGUACCUGAACUACUAUCUAUAUAACUAUCGUACUCUUCCUUUCGAGGGUCAUCGGGCAUUGUCCAGCGAUGAAGGCGGCGGGGUGGGAGUAGGGAGAGGUAUCGGUGUGGUUAUGUUAUGA